GAACUGAUCGCAUCUUUGGGGAGUAAUCCUUAUUUUUCAGCUGGUUUCGGUCUAGUAGGGGUAGGAGCUGGACUUGCUGUAUUGAGAAAAGGAAGCUUGCACGCAUACACCUUAUUUCGUCGGUACGCCAUUAUCACCCUCGAAGUUCCAAGUAAUGACAAGAGUUAUCAGUGGGUCUUGCAAUGGAUUGCAGCUCAGGGCCAGCGAGCUCAGCAUCUUAGCGUUCAGACAACAUUCGUCCAACAAGAAACGGGAAAAGUGCAAACAAAUUUUGAUUUUUCGCCUAGUCCCGGGGUGCAUUUCUUCAGAUACAAGAAGAGCUUUGUGAGAGUGGAAAGAACUCGAGCUGAAAAAAUGGUAGACCUUUCGAGUGGGGCUCCUUGGGAAUCUGUAACUCUAACAUCGCUUGCCACAAAUAAGCAGCUGUUCUUUGAUAUUCUGAGUGAAGCAAGAAGCACGGCCCUUGCAAAGCAGGAGGGCAAAACUGUCAUGUACGUUGCAAGAGGGACAGAUUGGCAACCGUUCGGGUUUCCGCGACGAAAAAGACCAAUAGACUCUGUUAUUCUUGACGAUGGUGUAUCAGAGAGAAUCUUAGCUGAUGUUAGGGAUUUUAUUGCAUCCCCUAAGUGGUACAUGGACAGAGGUUUGAAAGUCUAAUCAAGUUUUAUAAAUUUUAUAUGCCAGUGUUUGUAGUGUUUUUCUUACGGACUGCCAUCUACAAGUUCACCCUGCAGAUAUAAAGUUAUGUAGUAUUUGAACACUCAGCACCAGGUUUAAAUGAUAAGAAAACACUUGUACAUAUGUACACACCAGCCAUUGCGUCUAGAAAGGGUGCAACAAAAAUGGUGUCCAAUCUUGUGUAAUUCCAGAAAGUAUCCAUACCCCCCCCCACCCACCACGCCAGAUGGUCUUUUAGAUUAGACCCCCACCCCACCAGAAUUUCCAUUCCAGAGGGGCCUUACAUAACCCCCCCACUUCCCCUGGAAUUUUCUAUUUUCUUUUAGUGGCCUAAAUUUGCAGUAUUUGAAAAUUAUCUACUGUUUAAACGUUUAAACAUCACUGUUCACGUCUUUAGAAACGCCUUUUAAGUAUUGUUGAAACAUUUUCUUUUUUUUAUGGCAAUAUUUCUAAAGUACGUAUAGCACGCUCUUUUGGUGUAUGUUGAAAACCAAAAUUACAGAGUAUUAAUUAAAUAGUAAAUUUUUUCAGUUGACAUACUGUCUGAGAUAUAACUGAACAUUUUUAUAUGGCUAGAGUGAGAAGAUGUUCGCCGUAAGGACUCACUUAUAUGCCUCACCUGUUUGCUUAAAUUUUAAGGUUUACUAAAAUCAAGGAUGUGUUUUAUCUAUGAAACAAUCUCUUGUAAAGAAAAUAAAGCAACUCAAACGAGCCAUAAUCUACUUCAAGGGUCUUCAAUGGGAUAGCUGUUUGCUGUUUCAGUACUAUCCAUUUGAAUGCUUUUAAAAAAUUUGUUCAAAGCAUUUGACCAACCAGUGGAAUGGUUUGAAUAUCAUUUGUUUGCAAACUAGUAACAUGUUUUAUUCAAAUGUUUGCAGCAAAUCUGUUUGUUUAAUUUAUAGUAGCAUCAGACGUCUGAUUCCUUACAUAUAAAAGUAUAUCCUCAACAGAUAUUUGCUAACCUCUGAAAAUAUCGGUAGACUAAAAAUGCUACUAAAAUAAUGAACCAAACUUUAAAAUGUAGAAAAAAGUCUCAAAAGAACAUUCAAAAUGAAAAGUGGAAAAAAUAUUCCACUGUUUCACAUGUCAUCAUGUAUUGUCUGUUUUGUUGGUGAAACAUGAUCCUUUUUAUUUAUAAUUUUUGAUAUCAAGCAGGAUGACCGAAAGUCUGCUCCAGAAAUUCACUACACAAAGAAAUGUUAGUGACCUUCUAAGGCAAAGAAGUUGUUUGGAAACUAUUCUUUAUUAUGAACAACAUGAUUUCUAGCUCUUUGUCAAGCCUUAAGUUUGGUGAUUAGAAUAGAUGAUGCUUUUCUAGAAAAUAAUGCACUUCCUUGCCUUUAUUUCUUAAUUUUUGCUUGCCUCCACAACAUAAUACGUGUAAGUACAUAUUCGAUUAUUGCCAGUUUUGCAUGACCUCAAGUCUGGAAAAAUUAUUUCAAAUGGACACCCCCUACCCUUCAGAUAUUUUGGCCUGUUUUAGCAGACAUUGUAAAAACAAACAAAAAAGCCUGGAUGUGAAGCCAGCAGCAGGAGUCAGUAAAUUUCAAAAUGCUUGGAAAGAAGGUUAACAGUGCAUUUGUACUGUUUGCGUGAAUAUGUUGGUAAUAUAUGUAUUCCUGAUCUUGCUGACAAUAGAGGUUAUUUUGUUCAUUGGCUGUGAGUCUGGCAGACAUUUGAAAAAGCCCUUUAUUUGGGAUUCAAACUAAAGAUUUUAUAUUAUACCUUAUGUUUAUGUUUUAUUAUUAAUCAUAUUUUUUUUUUGCCACUGAUACAAGUUAAAUAUAUAGGAAAAAGAUGAGGCAAGGGAGCCCAAGGAAGCCUUUACGGCUUGUGAAUAGGACCACCUUUAGAAAUAUACGUCUUGCUAACUGAAAAACUGACGUUAGCAAGACAAUUCAACUAAGCACAUACAAUUACUUUAGAACAUAGAAAAUCCCUAAUGAGGGACCAGCAGUCAGUUUUUGCAUUUCGUUCCUGCACUCAAUACUUCACCUCAUUUUUGUGUUAAACUGGUUGCCUUUAUUCUUCAACCUCCUAACUUUGCUGAAUGUGCUAUUGCUAAGCUUAACUUUCAUUCAGUGCUGUUUUUGUUUUUUUUUAGGUAUACCAUACAGGAGAGGUUACCUACUUUAUGGACCUCCAGGGUGUGGAAAAAGUAGCUUCAUGUAUGUCCAUUUUUCCAUUCCUACGUUCUUGCUCUGAUUAUUGCUUGAACAUUUAAACCAAGUUUUACUUAUCUUUAAUGUGCAAGUUAAAAUUUAUACAAUAACAGAAAGUUAUAUUUUUUUAGUUAUUUAUUCAUUUUUUUGGUGGUGGCAUGUUUUACACAGCUUUAGCUGAGAUUCCAGCAUGUUUUCCCACUAUACUGUACUGCAAGAGUUUGGGGUAUAUUCAGCUGCGAGUACUAAUCUGUCAUGAAAACAUUUUAAUUUUGUCUCACCAUGGCCUGCGAUUACAGCCAUCUCUUUCCACUCCUUUGACAUUUUUUUAGUUAUUUAUUCAUUUUUUUGGUGGUGGCAUGUUUUACACAGCUUUAGCUGAGAUUCCAGCGUGUUUUCCCACUAUACUGUACUGCAAGAUUUUGGGGUAUAUUCAGCUGCGAGUACUAAUCUGUCAUGAAAACAUUUUAAUUUUGUCUCACCAUGGCCUGCGAUUACAGCCAUCUCUCUCCACUCCUUUGACAUCACCAGGUUAAUGUCCCCACUGGGGGACUAGCAAGGAGAGAUGGCAUGUGUAAGCAGAAUGAUUAGUGAUGGCAAGGAAUUUAACAGACAUAUACUGUUCCUUCAGUUCCUUUCCUUCUGUAAGAAAGCAAGAGAAUCUUGUUGUAGAAGUUACAUUAUACCUACUUUCUUAACGAAAAGCAUGGUUUGCUCUUGUUAUCUUCUAGUCAAGCAUUAGCUGGAGAACUGGAUUAUAGUAUUUGUGUGAUGAACUUAAGUGACCGCAGCCUGUCAGAUGACCGCCUCAUCCAUCUAAUGAGCUGUGCACCACAGCAGAGUAUAGUGCUGUUAGAAGAUAUUGAUGCAGCUUUUGUUAAGAGAACAGAUGAAAAGGAAGAGGGAAAGGCAUAUAGCUAUCCAAACAGGGUAAAUACAAAUUGAAGUAAAUGUAGAUUGCUGGUUUUGUUUAUUAAAGCUAAUCAUUGUUUAAAUAUACAUAUUAAUUUGGCACCUUUUAAACUUACCUUAAAAGUGUAAUCUGUCUGGAAAUUAUAACCAAAAAAACAGCUUGUCAGUUUGCGGAUGGAAAUUAAGUUUGUUUGUUUUUUGUUUUUGUUUUUUUUUUGUAGUGGAAAUGAAAAUUGAAGGAGCUAUUUAAAAAUUCUUUUUGCUAUUUCUUUGAAACCCCCCAAAAAACACUUUGGAAUACAAGAAAACCAUGAGAUAAAGCUCAGUUUUAUUUCAAAAUGUUCGUCUACUAUAAAUUAUGUGUCAACUAUGAAUGCAUGUUUUUGGCUUUCAAUGACCAGUAUUUUUAGGAUAGCAACUUGAAAACGCUAGGCCAACUUUGUCAAGUUGCCCAAAAAAAAAAACACGAUUUGGCUUUGCUAUCCGUUUAAUAGAAUCAUUUGAAAUUACUUCAUUUAGAGUUCCAAGGUUGAGAAAAGAUGACUGAGCAUACUUAGUUAGCAUCUCACAGCUUUGACAAAAAAAUAUGUGGACGUCGCCAUGACCGUUGUUAUGCUUUCAGUCAAAGUGCAAUGAAAGUUUUCUAAUGGUAGUGAAAGUGUAAUGAGCAAAGGUAAAACUCUUUUUUUUUUUGGUGGGAAAAGGGGGGAUGGGAGAGUAGGGGUGUGAAUAACCCCCCUCGAAAGCACCUUUUCACGCAACAAAUUCAUGUUUCAGGUAACAUUCAGCGGUCUUCUAAACACAUUAGAUGGCGUGGCAUCUUCUGAAGAGCGCCUUGUUUUCAUGACAACCAAUCAUCUUGACAGGCUCGACCCAGCCCUCAUACGGCCAGGCAGGGUAGACCUUAAACAGGAAAUUGGUCUCGCUUCUAAGAGCCAGCUUUACAAGAUGUAUAGGCGUUUCUAUCCUGACCAGACCUUCGCUCGUGCAGAGGAGUUUGCGGACAAAGUGAUGGGCCUGGGCCAGAGGAAAAGUAUUGCACAUAUACAGGGACAUUUUAUGCUGUUCAAAAAUGAUCCUUCGGGCGCCAUACAAAGUAUUGAGCUCCUACGGUAG